AUGAAAUUAUUUUUUUCGGGCUCUCCAACUGAGUCUGGGCUUUCUUCUGUGAGUUGGACUCCUUUUGCAGAUCGGAUUCUCAAUUGGUGUAGGCUUCUGACUGUUGUUGGAGUUGGAUUCCCAGUAGGAAAGAGCUUGAGAUUCCUUCUUGACCCGGGUUGUCCAACUUGCGAGGACCAGUUGGGUGGGACCAGGUUGGUUGUCAUCGUUACUGGCAGCCAAAGACGAUUGGAGCGGCGGUGGCUGCUGGCGGCUGCUGAGCAACGAUUAGGAGGAAGUUGGUGGACUGCCCCUGCUAAGGAUGUCGAUAGAUGGAAGCAGGAUGGUCCGAGCCUUGAUGAUCUGCCUGCUGGACAUGAGGAGUGUUUUGCUAAACUCCCCUAA